UCAACCAUGAGAGCAUGAAAAUGCACAUUAUCCGAGUUUGAUGUAGCGUUGAAACACAGAGGUCACUUCCAGCAUUUGCACCAGAGCAAACAAACAGCGUCCACCUUCGCCUCGAACCCCUGCAAGAAAGAUUGAGUUCUCUAAGGAAGGGAAGUUGACAUCGUUUCUAACAGACACGGGCAAAUAAAUGGGUCCAGCCUCCAGACUCCAUCUCUUCCUCCUGGGGCUCCUGAUCACCAGCUCCAUCUCGCAAGGUGCACCAGAAAACUUGAGCUGCCCCGAAAACUGGUUGUACAUUCAGAAAAUCUGCUAUGGAGUCUUCGACGCACUAGCCUCGUGGGAAGAUGCAGAAAACAACUGCCAGAAAUACGGCCCCAACGCCCAUCUCUCCUCCAUCCUUACCGAGGCAGAGGCGACUCUGAUCAGCCGCUACAUCCUGGACAAGCAUCCCGGUUCCGAAGGAAUCUGGAUCGGACUCCACGACCCAUUCCAGAGUGGAAAGUGGAGAUGGGCAGAUUCCUCCACAGUCUUUUUCUCACCUUGGAUUGAUUCCGCCCCACAACCUUCGUGGACCGCAUUAUGUGCCAUGCUGACAUAUGACAAAGAGUUCACAAAAUGGAAAGCUGCCCCCUGUUCGCUGAGGCUGAGGUAUAUGUGCAGCUUGCCCCUGGAAUGAUGGCAGCCGUUCGUCUGGGCGCUCAACGAAUGAAGCCAAGAAACCAGCCGAGAGGGACCCCUGACCAACCAGCCCCAGCAAGCCAGCCCCCUUCCCCUCUGCUCCCCACACCCUUGCAGUGGUAAAGAUGUUGCGGUUGUGCUACCUGACCUCUUUACUCUGUAACUUUUGAGA